GUUUCCAGUAGGACGGUUUCAAAAUAACGGCACGGGUGUCAUCAUGUUAGCCACUUGGUUAGCUAAUCAGAUUUCAUAAAGCGGUACGUUAUUGUAGAUCCUUUAACAUCUGCGGAAUAUUUUGAAAAAAAACAAAACUUCUUUAAAUUACAUUUCCUGCAUUUGGUGUGGAGUUGCUUCAUUCCUGCGGGAGAUUUCUGGGAGCUGGUGCUAAAUGCUAACGGCGCUGUAACUUGCAUGCGUUAGUGCUGAACAGGGACUGAAGAUGGAGCUGCAGGCGGUGCUGAUGGCCGCUGGUGGUGGGUCGCGCAUGAUGGACCUCACCUACAACACCCCAAAGCCUUUACUACCUGUGGGCAACAAGCCACUCAUCUGGUACCCUCUGAACCUGCUGGAGAGAGCCGGCUUUGAAGAGGUGAUCGUGAUCACCACAAAAGAAGUGCAGAAGGCACUGAGCGCAGAGCAGCGAGUGAAGCUGGACGUGAAGAUGAAGCUGGACGUGGUGUGCAUCCAGGAGGAAGCGGAUAUGGGGACCGCCGACGCCCUGCGACACAUUCAGCAAAAGAUCAAGACGGACAUCCUGGUGGUGAGCUGUGACCUGAUAACAGACGUGGCGCUGCACGAGGUGGUGGAUCUUUUCCGAGCCCACAAUGCCACGCUCUCUAUGCUCAUGAGCAAAGUGCAUGAAUUCACUGAGACCGUCCCUGGGCAGAAAGGAAAGAAGAAAGCAGGAGAGCAGCGGGACUUUGUGGGAGUGGAUGGCACGGGGAAGCGGCUCCUCUUCAUGGCUAAUGAAGCCGACCUGGAGGGAGGGCUCGUCAUCAGGAAGACCAUCAUGCGCAAACAUCCCAGGAUGCACAUCAAAACAGGCCUCCUUGAUGCCCACCUGUACUGCUUUAAGAGAUCCGUGGUCGACUUUUUAGUCGAAAACAAGUCCAUCUCUUCUCUGCGGGGGGAGCUGGUGCCGUAUCUGGUGCGGAAACAGUUCAUGAAAGCUUCAAACGUCCAGACGGAUGACAAUCAGACCGAACUGAAUCAAAAGCAAAAAGACACAAACACUUUCCUGGAGAUCUUGAGCUCCUCCAAAGAUGAGGGUCUCCUGGAGCUUGCGCGGGAUCGCUCCUGCUGGAACGAUCAUCGUGGCGACAUGAGCGAGGCCUAUCACGGCGGAAAGCUUCGCUGCUACGUGCACAUCAUGGAGGAUAGUGUUUGUUACCGCGUCAACACGCUAGCCGCGUACGUGGAGGCCAAUCGCGUGGUUCCCAAACUGGUCGAAGAACCUCCAGUUCACCCGUCUGCUGUAGUGUCUGAAAGAAGUCUCGUCGGAGGCGACAGCAUCAUCGGCGCUGCGAGCCAGAUAGCGGACAAAACCUCCAUCAAACGCUCGACCAUCGGUGCGUCCACCACAGUCAAGGAGAAAGUCAAGAUAACGAACUCCAUCAUCAUGAACGGUGUCAUUAUUGAAGAAGGGUGUAACAUUCAAGGCAGCGUGAUCUGUAACAACGCCGUAAUCGGACGAGGUGCUGACAUUAAAUACUGUCUGGUGGGAAGCGGGCAGUGCAUCGAGCCGGAGGCUGAAAGGACCAACGAUGUCAUCGUUGGAUCAGAUCAGCUCAUGGAGAUCUAGAACCAGGAGUUAUGGGCUUGACAAGCUUGUCACUAAAGAAGCAGCGUCAUCUUCCUUUUGCCUUUUUUUUUUACUGAAUGUGUCCGAAUAAACCUGGAAUUAUUUAUCUCA